UUCUGGGAUGCGUUCCACACCGGCAGCAUUUUUCCAUGGAGACACAGAGGCUACCUUCGAGCUGCCUAUAUAACCCUGGUGGAUCCUGCGAACAGGGACGACGGCCUGCUUGAAGUGGCGACCAAGUUUGCCGCCGAUGUGAACAGCUUCAAACAAAGGAACUUCAACUCCAAGCCCCAGCCAGAGUCGAGGACCCUCACCGUCUUCUGGCUCUACCAUGUCAAGCUAGCCAUCACGGUGAUGCAUGCCGAUCAGUGGCAGUACCCCCAACUGGAGGAGUUCGAAAGGGUCUUCCAUUACGUCCCCGAACUUGUGGAUGACACGCUUCCCAGCCUGUAUUACAGUCGAGACUGCUUGACGUCCGAGUAUGCCGAGAACUUCUGGAUGCUGCCCGAUCUGCGCUCCCUGUUUGAGCCGCCACCUCAGGAGGUCCUCCCUAGGUUCCGCGAGCAGUUCACCAAGAAGAAUUCUGAGGACCCCGACCGUCUCUUGCGCUUCGCCUUCGCUGUGGUGCAGCGGUACCUCCGCCCUGGUGAGACGCGCCUCCGUAGCUGGUUCAUCAACCUGGCUUUUUCCUCGCUUGAGCGGCACACUUUGCGGCAAAGGACCACGCACCCGAUCGUCCCCCGGUACUCUGUCACGCAGUCAUACUUUUACUUGCAACUUGCACACGCUGCCCUCUCGCAGCUCCUUGCCACCGGUGAGCCCGAGUCCAUCCAGGCGAUGAGCUUCCCGCUGUUCAAGGAGACAUUUCACAUCUCUCCAUCAGCCUGGAGAACCUACUACAGUCCGGAGCUGUGGGACAGCCUCAAAGCCCGAGCUGCGUUCGUCCCGCCGGACCUAAGGCCGCUCCCCGACACGGUGCCGCCGAUCAGCGACACCAUCGACACCGCGACCCCUUCUUCCGUCUCCAACGAGCCGCUCCGAAAACAAGGUCUCCUCCCCGAGCUACCCCCGCUCGAAGUCCUGCACUUCCACCAAGCCGUCCUCCUCGAAGAAGCCAAGACCAUCCCACCGACC